UUAUCCCCAAUAUGGUUACGUAACUUUAUUAUGCAAUUAAUGAUGUCAUAUGAUGUUGAACUCGUGGCAAGGUCACAUGUCAACUACUAUCCUGGGUUGGUUAAUAACCAAAUUACCAUUUUCCGAUACAUUAUAACAUGGUUACAUGACGUUUUCAGAUGUAACAAAUUACAAACUGAUUGAGGGAGUAGGAUAUUGGAAGAGAUUUAAUACAGAGACUCGAACUGUUUUUAAGGUGACAAAAGUAUGGAGGACUCCCAACUUGCUAGGUCAACAGCAUUUUUGGAACUAGAAUCAUUCACUGAAGAAGGUAAUACUGUGGUGCCAGAAAAGUAUCGUUUUGGUCAUUGCCGUAAUGUUAUAGAGUUUGAAAAACUGAACCGAAUUGGUGAGGGAACAUAUGGUGUUGUCUACCGAGCAAGGGAUACAAAGAGCAAUACCAUUGUGGCAUUAAAGAAGGUUCGAAUGGAAGAAAAAGAAGGACUACCAAUCAGUGGUCUGCGAGAGAUAGACUUAUUGUUGAAUAUUGAGCACCGUCAUAUUGUUCGUUUACAUGAGGUGGUGGUAGGAAGUCAUCUUCAGAGUAUAUUUUUAGUGAUGGAGUAUUGCAAUCAUGAUUUGGCAUCAUUACUGGAUAACAUGAAGAUGCCAUUCAGUGAGGCUCAAGUCAAGUGUUUGAUGUUGCAGUUAAUGAAUGGCGUAGAGUAUCUUCAUAAGAAGUUUAUUGUACACAGAGAUUUGAAGGUGUCAAAUCUGUUAAUGACAGACAAAGGUGUUUUAAAAAUAGCUGAUUUUGGUCUAGCCAGGAAGUUUGGUUUUCCACUUAAACCAAUGACACCAAUUGUUGUGACACUUUGGUACAGAGCACCCGAGCUAUUGCUUGGUGCAAAAGUCCAAACACCUGCGGUAGAUAUCUGGGCUUGUGGUUGUAUCAUGGGGGAGCUUCUAGACAGCAAACCGUUAUUGCCUGGAAAGUCUGAGAUCAAUCAAUUGGAGUUGAUAAUAAACCUGCUGGGUACACCUAAUGAUAAUAUUUGGCCUGGGUUUUCAAAUUUGUCUGUUGCGAAGAACUUCACACUAAAGCAACAACCCUACAACAAUCUAAAGCAUCGUUUCUCGUGGCUUUCAUCUGCUGGACUUUCUUUACUGAAUCAAAUGUUUAUGUAUGAUCCGGGAAAGCGAGCAUCUGCAACUGAAUGCAUGGAAAGCUCGUAUUUUUGUGAAAAUCCACUUCCAGUUCAGACAGAUAUGAUGCCUACUUUUCCUGAACAUAGGAAUCUCAAAUCGAAGGUGGCCGCUGAAAAAGGCAAGCGUGAACAUGCAGAUGCAAAGUUUGGUUCUGCUUUCGAUAGUACUAGUAAAAAGAAAAAAAACUAAAAAUAAAGACAAUAUUGUUUGUUGUAUGGAGUUGUAAAAUAAAAUUCUUUAUCAUUGUCCAAGUGGAAGUGGUUAAAAAGGGGGGAUAAAUUCUAGGAAUACUUAGAA